GAAAAGUUUGUGAGGCCAGAGAGAGAAGGUUCGGCAUAUCUACAUGUAACGUUUGACAAGUCCUGACAAAGAAAAAAGAGGAAAAAGGAGAAUGUUUAUAACAGAGCUCUUGUUGGUUGCUAUUCUCCUGAGCCUUUUGAUGCUCUACCUUCUAAGACAAUUCUGGUUUCGCAGUCAUUAUCCUUCGGGAUGGCUUCCAUUGCCUGCCACCGGAAGCUUAUGGAAAGCUGGCAUCAGGCUUUAUCAAGAGACUCUGUCUAAGCAGAUGAAAGAACAAAGUGGCACCUCUAAGACCUCUGUGACUCCCUACAGUAGCAUAUUCAAUGAUGAUGGUGGAGAACUAUUGAAGCAGCAAAAAGAAAUUGGGCAGCUUAUUUUGUUAAAGCACGAGAAAGAAAAGAAAGGAAAAGAAAAGAAAGGAGUGGAGAGCCUGGUGGAAGAGGAGGCCCCUCGGCUGGUUGAGACUUUCGCACGUGUAAAUGGGCAACCCUUUGACCCUUUGAAUGCCAUCAUUGCUUCCCUUUGCAAAAUGGUUUGGACUGUGAGUUUCAGUGACCGUUCCCCUCUUGAAGAGAAGGACAGCCAACAAUUGACAGACGCCAUUGAAUCUGCUGUAAAAUCUGGAGGUAGCUUUGUUUACGCUUUACAUAAACAGUUCUCAUGGCUCAUGAAGUAUUUCCCAGGGCCACAGAAAAAUGCCCUGUCUAGCAAGGAGCUGGUGCUUUCCUUUACAAAGAAGAUGAUACAGAAACACAAAGAAGCAAAGGCAAUGAAGGAGCCACAAGAUUUCACGGAUUUUUACUUGUCACAAAUGGAGAAAAGCAAAGGUGGCCAGAAUACUAUCUACAAUGAAGAGAACCUGGCUGAAUGUAUUUUCAACUUCCUUAUCUCGUCUGCAGAAUCGACUGCAAUCACUCUGCAGUGGGCACUGCUGUUGAUGGCAUCUCAUCCAGAUGUUCAAGAUAAAGUCCAUAAGGAGAUAGAAAAGGUUUUGGGUUCUUCAAAUGCUAUCAGCCAUCAAGAUUGGAAGAAACUACCUUAUACCAGUGCUGUGAUUCAUGAGAUCCAGCGAACCAAAGAAGCAUUCUUAUUCAGAAUCAUCAAACAAUGCACAAAGGACAUGAAUAUCUUUGGUUUUCUUGCUCCCAAGGGAACUUUUAUUAACCCAGAUCUGAAUUCAGUAUUACUUGAUCCCAAACUAUGGGAGACACCUGAAAAAUUCAACCCAAGUCAUUUUUUGGACAAGGAUGGACAAUUUGUUGCCAAAAAAGAAUUUCAGCUCCUUACUGGUGAGUCAGAUGGGUCUUUAGAGGAUAAAUUAGCAAGAGCUGCGUCCUUUACCUUCUUUAUAAAUCUGCUCAAGAUAUUCGUCUUCAAGUUACCAGAAGGAGAGAAGAAAACCAGCGAAAAAACUAGAAUUGGGUUGACAACGUGUCCUCAUUCUUAUAAAAUCUGUGCUGUUCCUCACCACAAGACAUCCUAAAUUCUAAUUAUCAAUAGCACACUCCGAUUUUACAAUAGCCUUUUCCCACUGUGAGGUUCAAUCUCAACUUGCUCAAAUCAAUCUUGAGUAGAAAUUCACAGAACGAAUUGGCUCUUUGACAGAUUGGAUUGCCGAGUCUGUGAUGAUUGCCUGACAUAGUCUUCCUUGUUUGACACUACUAAUUUAAUGUACAAUAUUUGGUUCUUUGCAGUGCAUAGCACUUUCUGAUUAUAUGCCAUGAAGUCAUUUUUAACUCAAGGGACCAUAAAGAUAGAUUUUGUCCAUGAUAAUGUAUCCCUAACCUGUUCUUUCAGAUAUCCAUUGGUGCAUUCAUCAUGCUGUGAUACAUGACAAUAAAUUCUC